AUGCCGGCGCCGACGCGACCGCCGACGCGACACCACCACUUCGAGACUGGGACGUACAAACCGAGCGGGCUGUUCCUGCCGGACGACGAGUACGGACGCGCUUUGGACGCGCUGGUGAAGGGCUGCGUCGAUUGCUUGCUGACGAACGAAAAGGGAGAGGUUUUGCUCGGGCUGCGCAAGCACGAACCGGCGAAAGGGACGUGGUGGUACAUCGGUGGACGGAUGCGCACGGGGGAGACGGUGGAGGAGACGGCGAGACGGCACGCGAAGCGAGACAUCGGGAUCGAGAUCGACACGGAGCGGUUUCGAUUCGUGACCACGAGCACGAUGAAUUGGGAAUUUCGAGUGCAGGAGCCGGCGGGGAACGGGACGUGCGAUAUUAACGUGGUCCUCGCGGCGACGCUGACGGAGGAGGAAAUCGCGCGCAAGACGAUGUGCGCCGACGAAUAUUUAGAUCAAAAAUUUUGGUCCGUGGAGGACAUCUUAGCCGUGACGGACGAAAAAGUGAUUUUACCGCCGAUUCACAUCUCUGCAAAGAAAAUGGUGUGGUCUGAACGCGAGGAUGCGAUGUACGCGGCGGUGGCUCGCGGCGCGGACGACGCGGAAAUCGCCCGACUCGCGCGCCGCGCGUACGAGUUCGCGUGA